ACCAAAAAUUAUUAGUUGAAAAAGAUAAAGAGACUGGUGUUAUACCAUUGUUAUUGUGUGUACAAAUUGGUCAUUUACAAUCAUUUCGAUUAAUAUUUAAACAAAUGUUAGGAUUGAAUGAUCCAUGAUUAUCGACUAAUGUAUUAACUGAUGAGCAACAUAAUAAUUUAUUACAUUUAUUAGCACAAGAUUGUUCAACCAAUGAACAAUUACUCAAUGAUCGUUCACAAAUAUUAAAAUACAUUGUUAAAAAAAUAUUAAAUAGCACUAAUGAUUGUCAAUUUUUAGCUAUAAUUAAAUCAAUGUUGAGUGAUUUUGAUAAACAAGAUGAUACACCGUUGCAUAUAGCUUCAAGGAAUGGUUAUGUUGAAAUAUGUAAACAAUUGUUACUAUUGGCAGGUGAAUGCAUAUCUAGUCAUGAAUCAAAAACAUCAACAUCACAAUCACAAACAGUAGAAGUUUCAGAUGCAUUGCGAAACCCAAGAUCAGAUGAACACACACCACCACUAUCAGAUAAACAAGUUGUAAUUCAGAGAUUGAGUCUGUCAGAUGCACUCCAUCAACAACAACCCGCAAUAUUAUCUAGUUUGCUUUUACAACAACAUAGACAGAGCGUAAUUGAUCAAGGUUAUCUCUUCCAAUCAAUGUUGAUGGGUGCUCGUCUUAUGAAUUCAUCAUCGGCCAUUGUUAGUAAACGUAUGAAACUAUUAAUUUUAAAAAAAAAUGGUGAAAAACGUUCAUCAAUCCAUGAAGCUAUAUUACAAAAUCGAAUUGAAAUUGUUCAGUUAUUUUUUAAAUCACCGUCAUCAAAGAAUCAACAACAACAGCCACUAGAUGAUAUACAGUCAAUGAAUCAGACUGAUUUAGAGGAAAUCUUAGAUGAUUAUGAUGGUAUACACAUUCAAACAUGUUUACAUAUGGCCGCUAGAGAGGGAUAUCCUGAAAUUGUUCAAUUGUUACUUCAAAAACGAGCCAAUCCCGAAGUACGUGAUGGCUAUGAUUGUACCCCAUUGCAUUUAGCAGCUAUGGGACAAAAAGAACAAUCGAGUGUCGAUGUUUUGGAUAAAUUUAUCGCUCAUAAUUGUGAUUUAACAAUACGAAAUGGUGAUGGUUAUAAUUGUUUAGAAAUAGCCAUAAUACAUAAAAAUGUUAGAAAAUUAUUAGACAUACCUAAAGUAAAGAAAGAAGGAGAAGAAGAAAAAGAUAUUGAUGAAAUUAAAUUGUAUAAUGUUGAACCCGAAUGGAGAAAAUUAUUGAGAAAUUCACAAAUAACAAAAGAAAAUGGUCGAACUGUUGUUGAUUCACCCAUGCGAAAAAUAAUUCGUAUAAUGCCUAGUUUAGCUUAUGAAUUGUUACAUAAGUUUGAAGCAGAAGUUGGUAAUAAGCAUCAAGCAUUCCAUUAUAAAUAUUAUGAUUUUGAAUUUAUUGAAGACCAAUGUUUUGUUGAACAAUGGAAAGCUAAUUUCAGUGAUAUUGAUAAUAAUCCAAAAACGAAAAUUAAUGUUAAAUGUUUUAAUAAAUGUUGUAUGAUUUGUCAUUGUUCAAAAAUUUCUUAUUCUACUAAUCAUUUGAAUAUUUCGAAUACAUUCUUGGAAACUUAUACUCAUAGUUCGCAUACUUUGAUAACCAAUCAUAUUCUAAAUGUCUUAAGUCGAUCCAGUGAAGAUAUUGAAUUCAAAGAUGUAGAAGCUGUUCAAAUUCAAACAAAAUUAUUAUAUCAUCCAGUAUUUACUAAAUUAAUGUCUCGUAAAUGGUAUGGUUUAAAUUUCUUUCUAUAUCUUUUAACACUGUUUUUCUAUGCAACAUAUUUGGGUCUAUUUACAUGGGCCGUAAUGAGAAAUACACAACCUCAUAUAUUCUACGAUACUCUAUUGAAUGUAACAACAUCUGAUGAUAGUCAAUGUGAAGAAAUUGCACGAAUAAUGGUAAAAACAAAUAAUCAUAUAAAAGAUUCAAUUGAUUAUGGUCUAAAGUACACAUUGUAUGUCCUUCUAUGGAUUCAUAUAUUCAAAGGAAUUCUAUUGAUUGUUGGUGUUUACCGAUAUAAAAUCCAUUGGAGAUGUUAUAUGGAAGUUACUGCUUUAGUUUUGAGUUUUAUUUAUAUAUAUGAUACAUCAUGGCAAAAUGAAGUACAAUUGAGAUGUCCAAUACAAUGGCAAAUUGGUAGUCUGGGAUUGUGUCUUGGAUGGAUAACUCUCUUGGCUUAUUUAAGAUCCAUACCACCAUUUGGGAUCUAUGUUAUUAUGUUAGAAGUUAUUAUACAAAAAUUUCUUUGGUUUUUUCCCCUGUUGAUUAUUGUAAUAUGUAGUUUUGGGUUUUCAUUCUAUAUGCUAUUACAAAAUCAAGUAGUGUUUGGUACAAUAUUUAAAUCAUUAAUACGAACAUGUAAGUAUUUGGAAUCUUUUAAUAAUGAAUUUCAAACAGAAAAUAUGGAACAAAGUCUUACUAUUUGA